AUGGCGCCGCAGCACAGGCUCCUCCUCCUCCUCCGCCUCUUCGUGAUCUUGGUCCUUCUGGGCUCCGCCUCCGCAGGUUACCAGGAAGAUGUCCCGCAAGAGUUUCAAGUCGCAGGCCAGGUUCUCUCUCUCUCUCUCUCUCUCUCUCUCUCUCUCUCUCUCUCUCGCUAGAGCAAUGACUUCAUUCGGAGUUCUUCAGGGCUUAUUGAGAAACCAGGCAUUGGGGGAAGGAUCCGUGUUGCGGCGGACGACCAUGGAAGUCGAGGACUAUCCUGGGUCGGGAGCAAACGACCGCCACGAUCCUCGGAACCCUGGGAGAAGCUGA